AUGGCGUUCUCCUCGUUCCAAUGGAUGUUCCGCCGCCGAGCCGGCGACAACGGCAACGGCGGAACCAGCCCAAGCAAACCCUCCGUCGCGGAGGGGAAGGAGGAGGACGCGGAGGAGCUCGGUGUCAUGCCGCAGCUCCUUGACUUCCUCCGGACACUCUCCCCCGACGCCUUCAAGGCGGUGCUAUGCUUUGUCGCAGGAGGAUCCGCGGAGUCGGCGGCCGAGCUCUCGGACUGGCAGCAGCGGCACGCCGUCCUCGUGCUCGCCAGAGCCAAGGAACUCGCUAAGGUCCGCUAUGAUCUGUGCCCACGCCACAUGAAGGACAAGCAGUUCUGGACAUACAUCUUGUCGUAAGCUCUUGCCUCGUUAGCUUUCGCCCAUGUGUAGGUUGGUGGGUGGGAUAUGCUAAUGACACCGAUGACUCAAUCCGGAGGAUUGUGCGGAUAAACCCUGGUGUCGGGAGAUACGUCGCCAAGAGCUACAGCCCAAGGUCCGGUUUCUCCGUUCUCUUAAGUUCGGUUGAUGCAAAAUUGAACAUGCAAUUUUUUAGCCUAAUUUAUCACAAGUGAGGAGCAGUGAAUUCUAUAGUCCAUUAGCUACGGUUGAUCGGCAACUGCAUAAGCUUCUAUUUCUACUUCUGAAUUUUGAAUGAUUGUAUGAGCAAAUGAGUGCUACAAAUGUACAGUUUUGUUGGUUUAGGCAAACACCUCACAGUACUCAAAAGUACA